CACGAUCAACGGGCCCCCUGUUCGGCGGGACGCUAGCUGCUCAAUUAAAGAGCCCCCCACGACAGAUUCACCACAACGCACGCUUCACAGCGGCAUCGCCAAAUUCUAUGACAAUGAAUUAUUCUCGGACUUCACCAUUGCCUCGACUACCAAGGAGUACCCUGUCCAUAAGUUUAUUUUAUGCACGCACUCCGAUUUUUUCCUGGGGUGCUGCCGAAGUGGACUUAAAGAAGCCACUACUGGGAAGCUGUCUCUUCAGGAUGACGAUCCCCUCGUCGUGGACGCGAUGAUCCAGUAUCUCUACCUUUUGGACUACAAAGUGCCGGUCGAAGAAGCACAGGGGCAGGAUGGCCCAAGCCUCCUCUUCCACGCCAAAGUGUACACUAUGGCAGUGAAAUAUUUGAUUCAAGGGCUUCAAGACCUUGCAGUGGUCAAAUUCAAGACGGCUGCUACCAUGGAGGUCUGGGGCACACAAGAUUUCCUCUCUGCGACAAAGGAGGCGUAUAACGCUACUCCUGACACGGCCCGUGGCCUGCGACAAGUGGUGCUCGAGACCUUCGCCGACCACAAGGAUUUACUGAAUAAAGAGGAGACCAAAGUGGUUAUGAAGGCGACAAAUGACUUGGCGUUUGAUACACUGUAUUUCUUUUUCGGACGUAGUCCUUACUCUUUCUAGGCGUCAGGCGUUCACACACUAGGAGCGUGGCCGAGAUUGAAGUCGUUCCUCUCGUGGCCGUCCUAUGCUACGCCUCAAACAGGAGAACGCGGCGGCCGGAGAUGCGCUAGUUUUGGGGUAUCAAUACAUCUCUAG